UUGGAGAUUGUGUCGUGAUCGGUCGAACAAAAAAUCCGCGCUCGUUUGUGUGUUGGUCCAGAGUUCAGCGGUGAAGAGGAGUAGGAGUUUAAAGUGUGGUAAAAGGCCUCCUCUUGAUCUAGUGACGUUUCAUUUGGCGCCAAUUUUCGGGUCAUCGUGUAUGGAUAAAUUGCAGCAAUUUUAAUGGAAUCGACUUGAAAUAUUAGUCCACUUAUGUCGGUAAAUGACAUGCAUAUGUCAGACAGCCUGCGGCAAAAGGGAUACAGAUACAAGCGAGAGUGAACAAUGCUGUUGCGGUUAACCGUAAUACUCCUGUGGUUUCGGGAGCAUAUGGGUGGGUCGCUAUCAGCUUCGAUUGCUCCAUCCUCGCCGUCGUGGAUGAAUUUUGAAAACUACACCAUUGCACCGGAGUUUGCGAUGAGGAGCAGGCUUUUGAGAAGUAUAGAUAACUCGGUGCUGCUGGUGAAUGAAACCAAGGUGGUGAAUAGAAAUUCCAUCAAUACGGCAUUCGAGCGGACGAGGCCUGCGGCUAGUGGAUCUCGGCGGAUGCGGGAGGUAUCAAUUCUGGGUCUGUUCGAGCUUAGCACUCGGCAUGGAGUGCGAAAGGAAGGUUAUAGUGAACUAGCAGCCGCCCAGCUCGCCGUGCGACACAUCAACCGGAGGGGACUGCUGUUGGGAUAUACGUUAAAGUUGCUGACGAAUGAUACGAAGUGCGAUCCCGGUGUUGGAAUCGACCGAUUCUUCCACGCUUUGUACACGCAUCAGGACAAGCGUAUCAUCAUGGUACUGGGAUCGGCUUGUUCCGAAGUCACCGAAAGCCUAGCGAAGGUAGUCCCGUACUGGAAUAUAGUGCAGGUUUCCUUCGGUUCCACCUCCCCCGCGCUCAGCGAUCGUCGUGAAUUUCCGCUGUUCUAUCGAACGGUCGCGCCGGAUUCCUCCCACCACUCGGCACGGAUAGCCUUCAUCAAGUACUUUGGCUGGGACACGGUGGCAACGUUUUCCGAAAACGAAGAAGGCCAUUCGCUGGCAAUAAAUGAUCUAGUUACCGAGCUGGAACGCGCUAAUAUUACGUGCGCUGCAACAAUUUCCUUCGCGGAGACCGAUUUCAAGGAACAGCUUAAACUGCUGCGGGACAAGGACAUACGAGUGAUUAUUGGAAGCUUUUCACACGGGAUAGCUGCUAAUGUAUUUUGUGAGGCCUACCAACUGGGAAUGUUCGGAGCCGAUUAUGCGUGGAUCCUGCAAGAUACGAGCACCUCCUAUUGGUGGCUGGCACAGGGUGCAGCUUGCCCACUUUCGACUCUACUGAGGGCAGUUGAAAACGUUGUCCUGGUCUCCAGUUAUAACAGCAACGUAGGCACCGGAACUGCUCUUAGUGGUCUGACCAACAAACUAUUCCUUCAAAAGCUGCUAGAGAUGAACGCCACCGGACCCAUUUCUCAGUUCGCUCCGCAAACGUACGACGCAGUGUGGGCAAUGGCAUUGGCCCUGCGAGGAGCCGAACGAACUUGGACGCAGGUAGCUCAACCGAACAGAACUCGCCUAGCUAACUACGACUACAGCCGUUUUGACAUCGCUAGGGAAUUGCUUCGGCAAUUUGAUAGCCUCCAGUUCAACGGGAUCUCCGGACCUGUUUCGUUUAACGGUGCCGAUCGGGUAGGAACUACCUCAUUUCAUCAGAUCCAGAGUGGCGAACUGCGAUUGAUUGCAUUCUAUUAUCCGAAAAAUAAUACAUUGGAUUUCGGUUGUCUCGAGUGUGAAUCUGUUCAGUGGGAGACGGGACAGGUUCCGAUAGCGAAGCGCAUUUUGAGGCUGAGAGUUGAUUCAAUAGCACCAUUGGCUUUCUACACUGUGGUUAUCCUGUCGACCGUUGGCAUCGCUAUGUCAUUUCUUUUUCUCGGUCUUAAUCUGCGCUUUAGAAAGUUGAAGACCAUUAAACUGUCAAGUCCAAAGUUAAGCACGAUCACCGUUUGUGGUUGCAUUCUGGUUUACGCAGCUACGAUUUUCCUUGGUAUUGAUCACUCUACGCUGCCGUGGCCUUCGGUUAGUUUUUCAACGAUCUGCAUGGCAAGAAUCUACUUUCUGUCAGCAGGUUUCUCGCUCGCGUUUGGAUCCAUGUUUGCCAAAACAUUCAGAGUUUACCGAUUAUUUACGCUUAGCGCUGGAGGACUGUGCAAGGAUAAAAUCCUAAGGGAUACCCAGUUGAUAUCGAUGAUCGGAGCUCUACUGUUGUUGGAUUCCUGUGUGGUGUCGUUCUGGAUGACAGCUGAUCCGAUGGAACGACAUUUGCAUAAUCUGACGUUGGAAAUCAGUACUACGGAUCGUAGUCUAGUAUAUUUACCACAGGUUGAACUUUGCCGAUCGAGACAUUACGAAAGCUGGCUGGGAACACUGUAUGCCUACAAGGGAUUGCUGCUGAUCGUGGGUGUCUACAUGGCUUGGCAAACGAGGAAUGUGAAAAUUCCCGCUUUAAAUGAUUCGCAGUAUAUUGGAGUGUCGGUUUACAGCGUGGUGAUAACCAGCGCUACUGUCGUUCUACUGACUAAUCUACUGUACGAAAGAGUCACAUUAGCAUUCGUGAUCACGUCAGCGUUUAUACUUGUAUCGACGACGGCCACUCUCUGUCUUUUGUUUCUUCCGAAAGUGAAGGGUAUUUUCGACAAGGGAGAAGUGUACGAUCCUGUGAUUCACAGUGUAGGCCUCAAAAUGGAAUGUAAUACGCGUCGAUUUGUUGUGGAUGAUCGACGAGAGCUACAAUUCCGAGUGGAAGUUCAAAACCGAGUCUACAAGAAAGAGAUUGAAGUUCUGGACGCAGAAAUAAACCGUCUGGAACGUCUUCUAACGGAAAGAUCCUCUCGAUCAUCUUCUCGAUCAUCCGAUACCAAUAUCAAACCAUUCGACUGCCACGAAACAUUCACAGCAGCUCCCCCGAAGAUCCCAUCUGCAUCUAGUGGUUUACCGAUGCUUCUGCUAUCAGUCCUACCACCUGUCAUACCACGAGCCAGCUGGCCAACGGUCGAUUUAUUGCCAUCUCCGAUGAAACGAAAUGUUGCGUUCAGUUCCCAGCCGAAGAUGGAUUCUGCUGAGGAACAGGAGGAAAGCACAAGUGGAGUCAUUGGUAAGAUCCGGUGUUAUCUCGGUGCACGAAUGCACAAAACUGAUUCCGUUUCGGUACCUGGUGGAGGUGGUGGUGGUCCGCCGGUCCGGCAACCUUCCGUUUUGACCAUCUUUGCCGAGGUGGAUGCAGAAGAUGAACUAUCCGGUUCGAGAGAUCAUAGUCAUACCGAGAUUUACAUGGUAGAGAAUCAAUUGCCGGAGGAUGUGCGUUUAACCGGUUCGGAGCCGAGGGUGAACUUCCUGUUGGAUAUUCCAAGGCGAUCGUCGAUUUCGGGACAGAAGAGUCCACCGACACUUCGCGAGAGAACCAAGGGAUCGCCGAGGUUUCCGCAUCGGGUUUGUCCGGUUCGUAACAUGGCGGAACUGGGAGAUCGAGGCAAGCUGAGUUUUUUGACGGUGAAAAGUUGCGAACUAUUGCAGCGGAAGAAUGAAGACUGGAAGACGAACUGGAAAUCGACGGAUUUGUUCUCCAAAAGUGUUGGACAGUGCUAGAUUCGGAACGGGAGUGUGCAAUCAUUUUACUGAUAUCUCUAGGAGGUUUCAACAAUGUAGACCAAUAGCAAAAAUAAAAACAUUGACCACAAAAAAUAGGUUAACAUUAGGAUAUAAAUCAUACUACUGCGUGCUGUGUUCGGUAGAGCAAUAAAGUCAAACUUCUA